CAGACCUCGAUCUUAUUAGCGUGACUCGCAUCUGCAUGAUGCAUCACCCGCCCCACCCUUGGAACUUCCAAACAGCAUCGCUGUGUAACGACGACAAUGCAGCGCCCAUGAUUUGCGCUGAAUACAUGCCUGAGGAGCUCAACACAUCCGAGACAUGCCGCAAGCUGCGCAGGCGCGCAGGGGCACGUCAAGCUGCCAUGAAUGCCGGCGGCGCAAGGUGCGCUGCGACUAUGACCCCGAGUCCUCCAGCAGCUGCACCCCGUGCCAACGGCGGGGACGCGAAUGCAUGCCCCAGCUCAAGCAGGCGUUUGACUACGGUGCCGGAACCAGCGAUCGGUACCGCCAAGUGCGCCGGCGCCUCGUGCACCUCGAGGCCCUGGUCGACCAGCUGCUGCAGCAACCUGGUGCAGCCGCCGUCAGAGCCAGGGCCGAGACGUUUGUGGGUGGUCGCCGUGGACGACCGGGUGCUGCCGAGAUACUGGCCAGCCGUGACAGUUCCGGCGGCGUUGUCCACGCUGUGAGGGAAGCCACACAUGAAAUCAUUAACAGAGCAUCAGAUCGCACGCUUGCUAGAGUGCCAGCAACUGGAUCUCAAACCGCCAUCGCAACCAACACAAACAGCACCGCGGCCAGCCUGGACGCCCUGACUCGCCUGCUCCGUAGCCUCUUCCCCCCGCAAGAGACCGUCUUUCUGAUUGUGGCGCGCGGAAAUUUCGCCGGCUCACCGCUGCGCCAAUUCCAGAAAGCCCAUGGCUUCAUCAUGGAGGAUGUAGGUGGCAGUGGCAGUAGUAGUCAAGAAACCCACCUCGACAUGAUCCCCUCGCCCACAGCAGCGAACCCGCUCGUCCUGGCCCGCAAGCUGGUCGAGCUCGCCAUCUACUUGCAGCAGCUGGGUCAUGAUGACGGCAACGGGCCAGCACAUAGCGCCGCCGCCGCUUGUUUUGUCGACGCAGCGUCCCGUCACGUUACCUCCCGCACCGACAAUCUGCUUUGCUGCCUCGACGGCAUCGAGCUGCUCAUGCUCGAGGGCGUGUACCACGUCAAUGCGGGCGACUGGCGCCGCGGAUGGCAGGAAUUUCGCCGCGCGUUGCGCAUCGCGUGCGCGAUGGGUCUGGGACGGCCUCGGGACGGGGCGAACUGUGACAGAAGUCGUUGGGGUGGCGGUAUGUCGAAGGCUGAGGAGGGGGUGUGGUUCCGUCUCGUGUACAGCGACCGGUACAUGUCGAUGAUCCUCGGUCUGCCGCCUGCCGUCACCAACGAUGGCGCUCUGGGCACUAUGGAUACCGGGACCCAGCUGAGGAGGCUCGAGCGGGUGCAUGCCAUCGUCACGGGCCGAAUCGCCCUGCGGAACGAGCAACUGCGUCGCGCCGGAUUCUGGGACGGUGUGCUAGGUGGGCAAGGAGCGGACACUGCUUACAGAGAAACUCUGCAGAUUGAUGACGAGAUGAAGCAAGCCGUCCUGUUGGUUUCGGCCGGCCUCUGGGCCCUACCGGCCGUAUCAGCGGCUGAUUCGACAACUCCUCCCGCAACGGCUGCGCAGGUCAAGGAGAUCACGCCGCGGCUGUUGAUCCAGGUCAAGCACUUUAACCUCCUGGUCCUGCUGCAUUUCCCCUACCUCAUGCGCAGUCUAGAUGACCGUAAAUCACCUCGACUCGGAUGGACGGGAGGAAGGCAGGAGCCCACCGAAGGCUGCUACUCAUACAGCAGGCUGACGGCCGUGCACGCGAGCCGCGAGGUGCUCUCACGCUUCCUCAUGUACCGCACGCUGGGACACGUGCCGCUCUUCUCCCGGGGCUUCGACUUCAUGGCGGUGACGGCCGCAGUGGUGCUGUUGCUCUCGCACCUCGACGACCACUGCCUAGGCCGCGGCAAUGUUCUCGAGCACCAGCGACCCGGCGACCUGCACAUGCUGGCCUGCGUGGCCGCCUGCUUUGAGGCCGCGGACGCAUGGGGAACCGACCCGUUGAGCCGGUCGGCCGCCCAGCUUCUCCGGACGCUGGCCGGGGCCGAGAGCGAUGCUGCGCAACGGCUGCACGAGUAUCUGAUCUGGAGGGAGGACGGGCCUGUCGGGCAAAUGGGAUAUGGUGUGGCUGAAGAACCGAACGGGCUCCGACUGACAGUGCCACACUUCGGCAUCAUCCAUGUUGUGAGAAGAGAGAAGGUGGCCGCGUCAGCAACCCCUGGCCUGUACCAUGGUUUGGGCGUCGGUAGGGACGAGCAGCUCUUUUUCACGGAUGCAGAGCCACGUUUCGCUAUUCCAUGGGUGUAGAUACAAAUCUUUUGCACUUGCUUGUGGAACAUACUGGGGGUAUGGGACCCUGUGCAUCUGCCGCAAAGCUUGCGGAUCUUGUUGAUAUGUAUUGUAUUGUACCAAAUUGCAGGUUAAAGUCACAGUGCGCGAGCACCUCAUCACAACCCACAUCUUACCACUUGUUAAUAUUACUUGUGCAAUGUCAAUCACGCCCGACCUGGCGAGCCUGGCUAUCUGCAAGCGCAAGGGAAACGAAUCUCACCGGCCAUUUUGAUUGCUGGGCGAGGACAGCAACGCGUUGUUGCACAUGACUGGGUUGCGUCAUGGUGGGAUGACGUCAUCCCAGGCAGCACCAAGAACUCGAAGCCCAGACACCCAGGCACGAUCUUCACCUCGGAAAUCAAAUCAUCAAGUCGAA